AUGGAAGAGACGGUUGUCGAAUUUGAAGAUUGCCUGGAACAUGUACUGGCAUGGUUACUCGAAGCUGAAGAGCAGAUUAACUGUAUGAAAUCUAUUGAAAAAGAUGAUGUUGAGCUAGUAAAGAGCCAAUUCAAGGAGCAUGAAAUGUUCAUGCAGUCACUAACCGAAAGUCAAGAUGGCGUUGGUCGAGUACUGCAUAGAGGUCAACAACUAGUGCAAAGAAUGGAAGAAGAAGGAGCAGGCGCAAUUGUAUCGCAAUUGCUGAUGGUAAAUGCGAAGUGGGAGCGAAUUAGGGAAGUUGCAAUGUCACGACAAAAUCAGCUUCAGCAUUGUUUGAAUACAGCUCAAAUCAAGCAGCUCGAAUCAAUCAGGAAAUGGCUGGAUAGUAUGGAAGAAGAAAUCCAAAAUGCGCUACCUCUGACAAUGAAUCGAAGUGAAAUUGAGCAAUUAAUCAAUGCCCAUGCAGCAAUUCAAGAGCGCAUCGAGAAUGAACAAAAGAUCGUACGAGGCUUAUCAACAUUUGUAGCUGUGAUAGACGAAUCAGACUGUCAUUUCUCAUACGAAAAUUUGGAAAAAUUGUUGCAGUCCGUUGGACAAAGGUGGAUGAGUGUCUGUGAGUGGGCUGAAAUGCGCGCGCAACAAUUAAAUGGUUUAUCGGAACUGAUCGCUCAAUACAACUCGGAUUAUGGAAAGAUUUUAGAAUGGCUUAAUACUUGGGAAGAAGUAAGCUUGAACGAAUUCUAUUUUUCUACGUUUUCUAACAAAGCCAACAUUAGCAAAUUUUUUCGAAUAAGAGGUCAAGGAGGCAAGCAUGAUAUCCAAAUGAAAUUGUUGGUAAAGUAA